GCGGCAUCCGGGCACCGAACUGAGAUGCCCUCGAGAAAAUAAUUACUUGUUGCUUCUGAUACGGAAAGCCUUCGAAGAAACUCUCGCCAACCCCCCUUUUGCUGAAUAUUUGACACGUCGUGUUCGUUCAUUGCCCUGAAGACUACAUACAUAUACAUAUAUAUAACUCCACCAAGGACCCCCAUCACCGUCCAGAGUCAGACCUAAAUUUCCAUUCACACUCACUCGCCAACCACGACCCCGAAGAAAAGACACCUCGCACUCUUCGUUCAAACCUCCGGUUACCAGUCCUGUCUUUAGAGUUCUCGCCCAGACAACCCCCCAACCAACCCUCAUCCCAGCCCCAAUGUGUCACCGCAAGCUAUUCAUCCACCACCGGUGCGGCCACAAGAUCACCGAGCUGACGGAGCCCUGCGGCAAUGUCGAGUGCAAGAACACGUCGGACCGGCCCGUCAUCACGAACAAGUACACCUGCGUCGUCAUGUCGUGUCCCUACUACGGGCACUUCUGACCCACUGCACGUUGUCCGUUCUUUGGAGCAUCCUCCGUGUUAGUCGACAGC